GGGUGGCAAACUAGCAAAGAAGAUAGAAGAGGUUUUGCUUUGCAGUUCUGCAGACCCUCUUCUGAUUGUAUUUGAGCUGUUGAGCAGCUCUUUUGCCUCAAAGGGGAAUUUCUGAAGAAUUAGAGAAUAAGAUCAGGGAGGUUUUUCUUGUUCUUUUUGCUCCCUUGGGGUGUUGAAAGAGUUGCUGGGUUAUUGAAUAUGGCUCAAAACUAUUACAAUAAUGAUAGAGGUAAGAAGAAGAAAUUGGCCAUUAUUGGCUUUUCAUCGAUAUUCCUGGUGGCCAUGGUGAUUGCCGUGAUUGCUAGUGUUAGCUCUAGCUCCAGUGAUUCCGGAAAUGCCCAAAAACAAGAGAUUUCUUCUUCAAUGAAAGCUAUCCAGGCCAUUUGCCAACCCACUGAUUAUAAGGACGCUUGUGUAAACAGCCUCACGUCCAAGGCAGGCAAUACAACUGACCCGAAAGACCUUGUUCAGGCAGCUUUUGCAUCUGCCAUGGAACACCUUUCUGCGGCUGCUAAGAACUCAACUCUCUUACAGGAGCUCAACAAGGACCCAAGAGCAUCACAGGCCCUCCAGAACUGUGAGGACCUGGUGAAUUACGCCAUUGAUGACCUCAAGAAAUCAUUUAACCAAGUGGGUGACUUUGAUUACAGCAAGAUGGAUAACAUAAUUGCUGAUAUAAAGAUUUGGCUCAGCGCUGUCAUCACAUACCAAGAGACUUGCUUGGAUGGCUUUGAAAACACAACAGGAGAUGCUGGAGAGAAAAUGAGGCAGAUCUUGAAGACCUCCAUGGAGCUGAGCAGCAAUGGCCUGGCCAUUGUCGGCGAAGUCUCCUCCAUCCUUUCCAACUUACAGCUCGCUAACCUCAACCGACGCCUCCUUUCUGAUGACCCUGCAGAUCCUGAUAAUCACAUAGAUGAUGAGUUCCCCUACUGGAGCCAUUCUGAAGGCCGAAAACUCCUUCAAGCUAACGUUUCCGAGCUCAAACCUAACCUGACUGUGGCCAAGGAUGGGAGCGGGGAUUUCAAGACUAUUAACGAAGCCAUUCGGCAGCUCCCCAAGUUCAGCAACCAAACCUUCAUAUUGUACAUCAAGAAAGGAAUUUACGAAGAACAAGUGCAGAUAAAUAAGACCUUCACCAAUCUAAUGAUGGUGGGCGAUGGCCCAACUAAGACCAAGAUCACCGGAAGCUUAAACUUCGUUGAUGGAACACCCACCUUCAAAACCGCCACUGUUGCUGUGCUCGGAGAUGGUUUCAUCGCUAAGGGUAUCGGUUUUGAGAAUUCUGCAGGCGCAGCAAAGCAUCAAGCUGUAGCGUUGCGGGUUCAAUCUGAUAGGUCAAUCUUCUACAACUGUCAAAUGGACGGCUACCAAGACACGCUCUACACGCACACCAAGCGCCAGUUCUACCGCGACUGCACCAUCUCAGGCACUAUCGAUUUCAUAUUCGGUGAUGCAGCUGUGAUAUUCCAAAACUGCACGUUCGUCGUAAGGAAGCCACUGGACAAUCAGCAAUGUAUAGUAACCGCACAGGGAAGGAAGGAGAGGCGCCAGCCAUCCGCCAUUAUCAUCCAGAACUCGACCUUCACUGCAGACCCUGAGUACUAUCCAUACAGAAAUGAACUCAAGUCAUACCUUGGGAGGCCAUGGAAGGAGUUCUCAAGGACUAUUAUCAUGGAAUCUUACAUAGAAGAUUUGAUUCAGCCUUCUGGGUGGUUGCCAUGGGCGGGGGAUUUCGCUUUGAGGACAUGCUUCUACACAGAGUUCAGAAAUAGAGGCCCUGGUGCAAAGACACACGACCGGGUGAAAUGGAGAGGAAUCAAGACGAUCAAACCUUCCCACGCUAUAGACUUUGCGCCGGGAAGAUUCCUAUCGGGUGAUCGAUGGAUUCCUUCUACAGGAGUGCCCUACAACUCCGGUUUAUUCACACUCCUUUCGAACGUGACUACUAAGUCUCAGGGUAGGAUUUGAUGAGAGCUUGUAACGUUCUCUUUUUCGUCUUCCUUCUGUGUGUGUGAACGACUACUAAGUUUGAAGAUAAACUCACCAUCCUCCAUUAUCAAAAGACAUAUAGAAAGAAACUAUAAAGAUCAUAUAUUGAAUAGAAAGCAUUGGAAUGUGAUCAUUUUCCUUUUGAGAUCCAUGUAGGUACAUAC